AUAUAUCGCCACCCCGUUCCCUCUUUCCUCUCAUCCUUUACGAUUCUGGCAUUCUCUCCUUCCUUCUCAAAGCUCUCUUUCUGUCUCUACCGCCAUUGAAGCUUCUGCUACAACGCUCCUAAUAGGCCUUCACAAACAACGCUCUUACCCACUUCUCUACUCUUACUGAUAUAAGCAGCUCAAGAAUAUAUUUAUCAUUCUUCCCAAUCCAAUAAGAUGGCAACUGAGCAACACAUUGAAGGUUCUGUGGUUCAGUCUAAUUUCAUUGGAGAUGAUAAGUGUUCCUUUGGAAAGUCGAAUCCUGUUUCUGAAAUCCCAGAGUCUGAAAACAAGUCCGCUGCUAAUUUCGACUGCAGCAUAUGUUUGGACUCUGUGCACGAUCCAGUAGUGACCCUCUGUGGCCAUUUAUACUGCUGGCCUUGCAUAUACAAGUGGAUUCAGUUCCAGACUCCGUCUUCUGAAAGCCAAGAGAACCAAAAACAGCCACAGUGCGCGGUUUGCAAAACUGAAGUCUCCGAUUCAUCUCUAAUCCCACUCUAUGGUCGUGGUCAAACAACAAAACCCACAAAGCCAUCUAAAGACAAGGCUCCCCAUCUCGGUAUAGUCAUUCCGAAAAGACCUCUCGCUCCUUGCAGUGUUGAGACACCAAGAACCCCAAGUACCAGCCCUUACGGUACUCAGGAACUCCAUCACCGAAGUUAUCCUUAUCAAUUCCAAGUAAACAGCCCUCAAGGAGGUAGUUAUACAUCCGCCUUACAGAGUCCUAGUGGUACAGCAACACAAGUCUUGAAUCCGUUGGUCGGCAUGUUUGGUGAAAUGGUGUAUGCAAGGGUGUUUGGUAACUCGAUAACAAACGUAUACACUUACCCUAAUUCGUAUAAUCUUGCUGGUAGCACUAGUCCGAGAGUGAGAAGGCAUGUAAUGCAGGCUGAUAAGUCGCUCAACAGAAUGUGUUUUUUUCUGUUUUGUUGCUUUAUGUUGUGCCUAGUUUUGUUUUGAGCAAAGUUUUUUGUUGCUCAUCGUAUAGAUGUAAAUUAAAUGAGUAUAUGCAAGAAUUAAAAUAUCGGUAUCAA